UGCCUCCUCCCACUGCCCCUCCCUCUCUCUCUCUCUCUCUCUCUCUCUCUCUCUCUCUCGCGUUCAAGCCAUGGCGGCCACCGGUGCAUGCAUAUUCGCCACCCUUCUUUCCCUGCUGAUACUGCACAUAUCCGGCAGCUGGGCAGCGGACCCGGACAUGCUGCAAGACAUCUGCGUCGCCGACCUCGCCUCCCCUGUCAAGCUUAACGGGUACGCCUGCAAGGAGUCGUCCAAAGUGAACGCCUCCGACUUCUUCUUCGCCGGUCUGGCCACCGCCGGUGCCACCAACAACAGCAUGGGCUCGCUCGUGACGGCGGCCAACGUUCAGAAGGUCCCCGGUCUCAACACGCUGGGCGUCUCCCUAUCCCGCAUCGACUACGCCCCAGGCGGCAUCAACCCUCCGCACACGCACCCCCGCGCCACAGAGAUGGUCUUCGUGCUGGAGGGCACGCUCAACGUCGGCUUCAUUACGACCGCCAACGUUGUGAUCAGCAAGACCAUCACCAAGGGAGAGGUGUUCGUCUUCCCCAGGGGUCUCGUCCACUACCAGCAGAACGCCGGCGACUCUCCCGCCGCGGUGAUCGCUGCGUUCAACAGCCAGCUGCCGGGCACGCAGUCCAUCGCUGCCACCCUCUUCGCGUCCUCACCACCGGUUCCUGAUUCAGUCCUGGCUAAGGCCUUCCAUAUUGGAACCGGGCAAGUCGAGAAGAUCAGGGGCAGAUUUGCACCAAGCUGAGACGGCAAUGGCUAGACCUAGCAUCUCUGCUGAAUGGGUCCAAGGAUUUUUCUUCUUUUCUAUUUGGUAUUGUAAUGUUCUAACUUCCUCUCUCUGUUCCCUGUCUUUUGAGUGAUUGUCAGACAGCAAUAAGUUGAUCAAUAAAGACGCGUGUGCCACAUUUGAUGUCA